UAACAUGAAAAAUAAAAUAAGUCGAUUAUUUUCGAUACAUGAAGAUAUUGAAGAAAAUAGAAAUCAUGAACUAUACUGGGUACAAUAUUUUUUUGGAUUUGUGGCAACCUUAGCCAUGUUAAAUUGUGGAACACAAUUAUCGUGGUUCGGACCAGCAUUACCAAUACUACAAGAUGAAGAAUUAUCACCAAUUGGUGUUGUAACAAAUAUUGAAGCUUCUUGGAUAUUUAGUUUGUUACAACUUGGGUCAUUACCCGGUGCAUUAUUUGGAUCAUACCUAGCAAAUAAAAUUGGUCGAAAAAAUACUUUAAUAUUUACAAUUAUUCCGUCUGGCUUUUCAUAUUUAUUAAUAAUAUUCAUAAAAAAUGUGUAUAUGUUAUAUGUGGCACGCAUUUUUGCUGGAUUAAGUGUGGGUAUUACAAUGGUAGCUUUACCCACAUACCUUACGGAAAUAUCCUCACCAAGGAUACGUGGAAUAUUAGGAACAUUUACAGUAAUUUCUAUGUGUUUCAGUUGGAUUAUAAAUUAUAUUUUGCAGCCGAUUAUUACAAUACAAUUAAAUUGUGUUAUAAUAAUAUUACAAUUAUAA